AUGGCCAACUACGCCUACAGUAACUACACCUACAGUAACAACGCCUACAGUAACUACGCCUACAGUAACUACGCCUACAGUAACUACGCCUACAGUAACUACGCCUACAGAUACUACGCCUACAGUAACUACGUCUACAGUAACUACGCCUACAGAUACUACGCCUACAGUAACUACGUCUACAGUAAAUACGUCUAUAGUUACUACACCUACAGUAACUACGCCUACAGUAACUACGCCUACAGUAACUACGCCUACAGUAACUACGCCUACAGAUACUACGCCUACAGUAACUACGUCUACAGUAAAUACGUCUAUAGUUACUACGCCUACAGUAACUACGCCUACAGUAACUACGCCUACAGUAACUACGCCUACAGUAACAACGUCUAUAGUUACUACGCCUACAGUAACUACGCCUACAGUAACUACGCCUACAGUAACUACGCCUACAGUAACUACGCCUACGGUAACUACGUCUAUAGUUACUACGCCUACAGUUACUACGCCUACAGUAACUACGCCUACAUUAACUACGCCUUCAGUAACUACGCCUACAGUUACUACGCCUACAUUAACUACGCCUACAGUAACUACGUCUACAGUUACUACGCCUACAUUAACUACGCCUAUAGUAACUACGCCUACAUUAACUACGCCUACAGUUACUACGCCUACAGUUACUACGCCUACAGUAACUACGCCUACAGUUACUACGCCAACAUUAACUACGCCUACAUUAACUACGCCUACAUUAACUACGCCUACAGUAACUACUUUCUACGCCUACGUUUCUACGCCUACGGUAACUACGCCUACAGAUACUACGCCUACAGAUACUACACCUACAGUUACUACGCCUACAUUAACUACGCCUACAUUAACUACGCCUACAGUAACUACGCCUACAGUAACUACGCCUACAUUAACUACGCCUACAGUAACUACGCCUACAGUUUCUACGCCUACGGUAACUACGCCUACAGUUACUACGCCUACAGUAACUACGCCUACAUUAACUACGCCUACAGUUACUACGCCUACAUUAACUACGCCUACAUUAACUACGCCUACAGUAACUACGCCUACAGUUACUACGCCUACAUUAACUACGCCUACAGUAACUACGCCUACAUUAACUACGCCUACAUACUACGCUACAUUACUACGCCUACAUACAGCUACUUACUACGCCUCAGUAACUACGCCUACAUAACUACGCCUACUACUACUAACUACGCCUACAGUUACACUACGUACUACGCUAGUUAA